GGUCUGUGCCGGGGCAGGCGGGCGAGAGGCGCGGCGCGGAGUCCCGUUAGAAGCGGCGCGGAGAGCCCCAGCAGCGCAGGAGGACCGAGUUGUCGUGCCCAGUCCGCCGGGAAGAUGCCGAAAACGAUCAGUGUGCGUGUUACCACCAUGGAUGCUGAGCUGGAGUUUGCCAUCCAGCCCAACACUACAGGAAAGCAACUCUUUGAUCAGGUUGUCAAGACAAUUGGUCUAAGAGAGGUCUGGUUUUUUGGACUCCAGUAUCAGGACACAAAAGGUUUCUCAACAUGGCUGAAAUUAAAUAAAAAGGUAACAGCACAAGAUGUACGCAAAGAAAGCCCUCUGCUUUUCAAAUUCCGAGCCAAGUUCUACCCAGAGGAUGUGGCAGAAGAGCUGAUCCAGGACAUCACACAGCGCCUAUUCUUCCUCCAAGUAAAGGAAGCAAUUCUGAACGAUGACAUUUAUUGUCCUCCAGAAACAGCUGUCCUGCUGGCUUCCUAUGCUGUCCAGUCAAAAUAUGGAGACUUCAACAAAGAGGUUCAUAAGUCUGGCUACCUUGCUAGUGACAAACUGCUUCCACAGAGAGUUCUGGAGCAGCAUAAGCUUAACAAAGACCAGUGGGAAGAGAGGAUCCAGGUGUGGCAUGAGGAACAUCGAGGAAUGAUUAGAGAAGAUGCUGUUUUGGAGUACCUGAAGAUUGCACAGGAUCUGGAAAUGUAUGGUGUGAACUACUUCAACAUUAAGAACAAAAAGGGCUCUGAACUCUGGCUAGGUGUAGAUGCUCUUGGACUCAACAUUUAUGAGCAGAAUGACAGGCUAACACCAAAAAUUGGAUUCCCUUGGAGCGAGAUCAGAAACAUCUCAUUCAAUGACAAGAAGUUUGUUAUCAAGCCUAUUGACAAGAAAGCGCCGGACUUUGUAUUCUACGCCCCUCGGUUACGGAUUAACAAACGAAUCUUGGCACUUUGCAUGGGGAACCAUGAGCUCUACAUGCGCAGACGUAAACCAGAUACCAUUGAGGUGCAGCAGAUGAAAGCACAGGCCCGGGAAGAGAAGCAUCAGAAACAGAUGGAGAGAGCCCUCCUGGAGAAUGAGAAGAAGAAGAGGGAGUUGGCAGAAAAGGAGAAGGAGAAGAUUGAACGUGAAAAGGAGGAACUAAUGGAGAGACUCAAGCAAAUUGAGGAGCAAACCAAGAAAGCCCAGCAAGAACUGGAAGAACAAACGCGCAGAGCCAUGGAGCUGGAACAGGAAAGAAAACGAGCUCAAGAGGAAGCAGAAAAACUGGCUAAAGAACGUAGAGAAGCAGAAGAGGCAAAGGAGGCCCUGCUGAAAGCGUCCCAUGAUCAACAAAAGACCCAGGAACAGCUGGCUGCUGAGAUGGCUGAACUCACAGCUAGGAUCACACAGCUGGAGCUGGCUAGGCAGAAGAAAGAGAGUGAGGCCCAGGAGUGGCAACAGAAGGCACAAAUGGUGCAGGAGGACCUAGAAAAGACCAAAGAGGAACUGAAGACUGCUAUGAGCACCCCCAUGUCACCUGAACCCAUGCAGUCUGAGAAUGAGCAUGAUGAUGAACAGGAUGAGAAUGCAGCAGAAGCCAGUGCUGAGCUACGAUCAGAGGCCACCAUCAAGGACCGCAGUGAGGAGCAGCGUACCACUGAAGCAGAGAAGAAUGAACGGGUCCAGAAACACCUGAAGGCUCUUUCCUCAGAGCUAGCAAAUGCUCGGGAUGAAACCAAGAAGACAGCCAAUGAUAUGAUCCACGCUGAAAAUAUGCGUCUGGGCCGAGACAAGUACAAGACCCUUCGUCAGAUUCGGCAGGGCAACACCAAGCAGCGCAUUGAUGAGUUUGAGUCCAUGUAAACUCUCCCCUGCACCUGCUGCCCUGCACUCUCUUCUCCCCUUUCCCAUCCUCUCCCAUCACUCACUCGUAAUUGUGCUGCGCUGGAACCACUACAGAAGAGUGACCAUGGUCUUAUUUAUAGAGUUUUGGGCAAAUGCUGGAGUUCAGCGACAGAAGAAAGAACAACAUCUAACACCUUCCUGGGGCGGCUUGGGAAAGCAAACUUGUAUUGGGGCAAAUCUGAAAUCUGGGUAAAGUCUUACUGCAUUUAGUUUUGUAUUGCUUACUGAAAUGGCUGUGUUGCUGUCCUCUCCCAUUGGGUAGGGAGGCCAGCAGAUACUUUCACUGAAUUACAUACAGUAAAGUGCUAACAGUUUGACAUUCCUACUAACUUGCACAAGCUUCAUUAUUAAGCCUAGAGGCCAUUUCUGACUUCAUUAAGGGUCUGAAUCAUGUAGUAUAGAAGGAGAGGCUGGAGUGUGGGAAGAAGGAAGGAGGGUUGGAGGUAGAAUAUGGACUUUCUUUAUAAAAGACCAAAGCUUUUGUCCUUUAAAUUUAAGCAGACCAAACAGAAUCUGUGGCGUUCCUGCUGGUGUUACUUUUUAUUUAAUGAUGAAACUUGGAAUUUCCUAGUCACAUGGAGGCCUUUGCAGUAUUUCCACUAAUGAGGGGUAUAUCAGAACCUUGAAUUCCCCGUUUUCCAGAAGUUUUCCUCUGGGUAAAUGGUUUUGUUCACUGUCAUUUGUCUGACUUGAAUGUAACUAUGGAGGCAGAGAUAGCUAAAGAACACUGCCUUCCAUUACUGGGUCACCACUGAAAAUGAAAAGAGGUAAGCAGAAAUGUAAAUGACUACAAAUUCCUGUAACUAUAUUUUCUCUUGCUGAACCAGUAUAUUUCAGUCAUGUGAAUGGGAUUUCAGUUUUUGCUAUGAAGUCUUUUUAGCACAUAGUUGUCAGUGCCUUAUGAUGGUGUAUAGAUCUACUGUAGCUCAGAUGUCUUUGUUUAAACCAGAUACAAUCAUAAAAAGUGAUUAGCAGCUGGGGACCAAAAACUACUUUUGUAUCUGGGUCACUGUAGAAACAAGACUGCAGCUGUCUUCCUGGCUACCAGCAGCAUUUGAUGGGAGAGGGUCAUGAGAUAUUUGUCCAAUUGUUGCCUUAAUCUUCAGUAGUUUUGCCAGAUCCCUGGCUCAAAUGGUUUUCCUUCUCCAGAAGGAUGCUUUGCCCCUGUUAUAGUUUUGAACACAGUAUCUCUGUCUCUUAGAAACAGGACACUAGUGGUUGUGGGGGGGACUGGUCCUGGGAACCAUUUGUGUCAAUCAUUCUAAUGCCCAUCACCUCCGGUCUUCCAAGCUAUCUAUUCCUACCCAUGCUUCUGCCCCACCCCCAUACCCCCAUAUCUGGGGAGAAAACAGCCAUGUAUGCUCAGGGUUGAAUUGCAUUUUGCCUUGAUCCUUCAUGGAAGGAAACCUUAACCUUUAGAAGAGGCCUCUUAAAAUGGAUUCCAUCUACAACGGAGUCCUCCUUUGCUUUACCCUCCUUGGAUUAGCCUGUCCUUAUAGGAAGUUAUUGGGCUAGCCUGUGACUUAUUUUCUUGCCUAACAUGAUCCUAAAUCUUGUGACUUUCUAGUUUUUGUGGAUGCCUCCAUUGUCUGUAUGGUGUCACUGUUCAUGGUGAUGGAAGGAAAGUAUUUGAUCGCUGAAGUAUUUUCAGCUCCCUGAAAUAUGGCAAAGGGGGAAUGUGCCAAAAAGAAAUGUCCAUGUCAGUGUUAACAAACUGCAGUAUUUCCCCAAGAAUUCCUUGGGCUGCUAGAAACAACCUCACCAAUGCUGCAUUUUUUUUUUUGGAAUCAACACAAGUCUGUGGAAAUCCACACACCAACCAACCCAACUACUGUUGGAAGCAUGACUUAGCGUGUUACUUCUGAACAUUCAGAUUAGUCAUGUAAGAGCCCCCUUCUCUCCCCUGAAUAUAGCAUGCUUUUGGGCAGGGGAACCAGGAAGUUUUUGGUUGGUCAAAAACACAUGCUCCAGUCCUUUGAAAGCCACAAAUGAAAGAUUGCAGUUAAACUUGUCAGAACUGAUUUUGUGUAUUUCUGUACUGAAGGGUUAUUGGCACUGACUCUGCGUGAGUCUCAUUACUGGCAGGGCAGACAACCAUUACACUUCUGUUCUGGUGCUUUAAAGCUGGUUCUCAGCACUUCAGUUCUGUCUGUAGCAACUAUUGGUGCAUUUGCAGGGAAAAAAGCCCUUAUUGCAUUUAAACAAUUUCCUAACAAGCUGAUACACAGUGCCUGAAAUGUGUGUUCAAAUAAUAAACUAGUAAGCCUUACUGCUUUGAGUCACACAACGCUCCUGAGCUCAUGUUAUGAUGCUGGCAUAACUUCUGUUUAUAGAGUUUUGAUUUUUUUUUUGUUAAAUGUCAUUCUAAUUUCAAGAGUUCCAGUAUAGGAAUAGAACAGCUUGUGCCAGUGAGUCCACCUAACUCUUUGUAGUUGUUUCAGCCCUCUCUUCUUCUUAACCAGUAUUAUAUUCCAGUGGUAUCUAAUGAUAUUUGAUUUCAAUACUUCUAGCUAUGCACAAUUAGAAAAUAUUAGUCAUGGGAUGGAGGAUACGUUUAUGGUCCCCCUUCCCUUGGAAAUGUAUACUGUAUUGUAAAGAAAUGAUAUUUUGCAAGAAAACUAAUGUAAGAAGCUUUCAGUAUUAUGUUGAGAUUUGUAGGCACAUUUUUUUAUCUGUUAAAAUACAGUGAAUUUUUUUCUUCCUCUCCAUGUCCCAGUUUAAUUGGUUAACUACUCCUAAUGGGGGUGGGGGGGGGAGGGAAAUACCUUAUCAAGUGUUUGCCUGGCUUUAUCUUUUUUGUUGUUGCUGUAAAUUAUGGUGUGGUGGUUUUUUUUGUUUUGUUGUUUUUUUUUUUGACCAGUCUUUUUAUUGGAUUAUAAUAAAAUGUCAAUUCCUUAGGGUUGUGGAGUAAUUAAUGGGUCCAUGUGGUUAUCUGCAAAGAGAACCUUGAUGUUAAGGCUUUUUUUUCCCCUGUUUGGAGGAGUUGUUAAAAAUCCAUACCCUGUUCUUUACAGUGCCAAUAAAGUUUAGAGAAAUUCA